GCUGUCUGAGGAGGAGGAGGAUGAUGAUGACUCCAAGAGUCAGGAUAAGAUUGAUGAGGCAGUACUCACUGGCGUGCAGCAGACCAUUGCCACGGCGUCUGCGUCCGGAGGUUCAGCUUCCAGUGGUCUUUUGGCAGGAGGAGGAACAAAUGAUGGAACAGCAGGAAGUUCUUCAGGUGGGAGAACAAAUGAUGGAACAGCAGGAGGAGGAACAAACCAUGGAACAGUAGGAAGUUCUUCAGGUGGAGGAACACACCAUGGAACGGCAGGAGGAGGAACAAACCAUGGAACAGCAGGAGGAGGAACAAACCAUGGAACAGCAGGAGGAGGAACAAACCAUGGAACAGCAGGAGGUUCUGCAGGCAAUGGACAGAAACUGCUGAAUGGUGGAGGAGGAGGCGCUGAAAGUCCAACAGGUGUUUUCGGUUCAUUAGGGGCCGGACUUUCUCACCUGGAUUAUACAGGAAAUUUUGAUUCAUCAGGUCACGACUUCCUGCUGAGCCUGAUGGGUGGAGGUGAUCAAUUCGGACCAGACGUUCACAUCAACCUCACAGGUGACUUGACUCCUCCCACUCAGUUGGACUCUACAGUGGUCAGUUCAGGUGUGACAGCUACUCCGUCUGCACAUCUAAAUAGUGGUUCAAGUCUGGACUCAACUGCAGAUGCUGCUCAUCAAUAUGACAUUAGGGACCAGUCAGAACCAGACCUCACUUCUCUAAGCUCGGAACCUGACCAAUCAAUGAUCAGCUCUGUUUCAGGCUCCCCCAACCCUGUAGCCCAGGGAGAUGGAGCAGACUCUCCACAUAACAACGGAAAUGGUCGACAGACGCUGUUGACGGAUGCAAACGGAGCAGGUGCAGAGGAGUCGGUGACAGGCCUUCAUAUCGAUCGGACAGCUCCAGGUAUUGGAUCCAGCCAUGAUGUCACAGAGUCAUCACCUUUCAUCAGCUUCACGCACAUACUGCAGCCAGUUUCAGGUGUUUACUCCCAAACAGAGCUGGUAACCAUGGUAACAGACUCCACAGGGACAGAACCAGUUUCAGCAGACCCAGUGGGAACUCCAACCGACUACAGUCAUCCAGCUGUGACCGAUCACACCCAGACGAGUGGUUCAGUCACUGAACGAUACCACACACCUGGUCAGGGUCUUGAAGGUGCAGAAAAUGUGGAACUGGAGGAUACCUGCUGACUUCCAUAUCAAGCCAAGAGUUCGUUUCCUGCGAUACCGAUUCCAGUGUACCAACCAAUCAGUAUGGCCCGGGAAGUCAGACUCCUCCCACUAGUUCUAGGCCCCACCCCCUGAUGUUGUUUUUAUGUAUUUAAGAGUUUUGUUUAUUUUUUGUUUUUGUAGAAUUGCUGAGAUUUUGUUUUAACUUUAAGUAAUUCUGUUUUGACUUUAUGACAUCAUACAGGAUGUGACAUCAUCUUCUCUGUCAGGAUUGUAAAAUGAGAGUUUUAACUUCUACAUUAAAAUGUUUUUAUUUUGAAC